GACCUUCUUGACCUAGCAAGCAAUGGGGCCGCCGUUCCUCGCCGUCGCCGUCAUCGUCGCCUUCCUGGCCGCCGCCGCGCAGGCCGCCGACCCCUUCGCCUUCUUCGACUGGGACGUCUCCUACAUCACCGCCUCCCCUCUCGGCGUCCCGCAGCAGGUCAUCGCAGUCAACAAGCAGUUCCCAGGCCCUAUCAUGAACGUCACUACCAACUACAAUGUGGUCGUCAAUGUGCUCAACAGCUUAGACGAGCCCCUGCUCAUCACUUGGGAUGGGAUCCAGCAGCGCAAGAAUUGCUGGCAGGAUGGGGUUCUCGGCACCACCUGCCCCAUACCGCCAGGUUGGAACUGGACCUACAACUUCCAGGUCAAGGACCAGAUUGGCAGCUUCUUCUACUUCCCACCCCUUGGUAUGCAGCGUGCCGCGGGGGGGUUCGGAGGUAUCACUGUCAACAACCGCGCGGUCAUCUCGGUCCCAUUCGACACGCCCGAUGGGGACAUCACGCUCUUCAUCGGGGACUGGUACAAGAUGAACCACACGCACCUGAGGAAGAUGCUCGACGACGGCAAGGAACUGGGGAUGCCAGACGGUGUUUUGAUGAAUGGCAAGGGGCCAUAUAGGUAUAAUGACUCGCUAGUGCCAGAUGGCAUUGAGCACGAGACUAUCAAAGUUGAGCCAGGAAAAACAUACCGUUUCCGUGUCCACAAUGUUGGUGUCUCCACAAGCUUGAACUUACGGAUUCAGAAUCACAACAUGGCCCUUGUUGAAACAGAAGGUUCAUACACGAUGAAGCAGAAUUUUACUAAUCUCGACAUCCACGUGGGCCAGUCUUACUCAUUUCUGGUCACUAUGGAUCAGAACGCAAGCAGUGAUUAUUACAUCGUGGCCAGUGCUAGGUUUGUGAACGAAUCGCUUUGGACCAGAGUCACCGGUGUUGCAAUUUUGCAAUAUUCAAAUUCAAAGGGAAAAGCAUCUGGUCCUCUUCCUGAUCCACCAAAUGAUGAGUAUGACAAAACUUUUUCAAUGAACCAGGCACGUUCCAUCAGGAUGAACGUGAGCACUGGUGCUGCUCGUCCGAAUCCUCAAGGAUCAUUUCACUAUGGGUCUAUCAAUGUGAGCCAAGUUUACAAGCUGAGGAAUGAACCACCUGUUAUCAUCAAUGGGAAGAAACGGACUACACUGAGUGGUAUCUCUUAUUCCCCACCCGACACUCCUCUAAGGUUGGCAGAUCUGUACGACAAGAAGGAUGUCUACACACUUGACUUCCCUACAAUGCCAAUUGAUGGACCGCCAGUGAUCAGAACAUCUGUCAUUAACUCCACAUACAAGAACUUUUUGGAAAUUGUAUUUCAGAACAAUGACUCAACUGUCCAGACCUACCACAUUGAUGGAUAUGCAUUCUGGGUUGUAGGAAUGGACUAUGGCGAGUGGACUGAGAAUAGCCGUGGGACUUACAACAAGUGGGAUGGUGUUUCUCGUUGCACGACUCAGGUGUUUCCGGGAGCAUGGACUGCUGUGAUGCUGUCACUUGACAGCCCAGGAUUUUGGAAUGUACGGACAGAAAACCUGGACACGUGGUAUCUGGGUCAGGAGACUUACAUCAGGGUGGUGGAUCCAAAUGGAGGCUAUAAUGUUACUGAGAUGGUGGCUCCAGACAACAUGCUCUACUGUGGCCUCCUCAAGGAUAAACAGAAGGCUCAGAAGCCUCAUGGUUCGAGGUCAUCAGCCUCUGCAGCAAAACUGAACUAUCAUGUGCUCGCGGCUUUGGUCUCUUUGGUGGUAGCCUUGGUGUUGGGCCAUUGACAAGAACUGCCUCCAGCUUGUGGUCAGCUGCUGUUUGCAGGUUGAUUAGGCGUUUGACAGAAAUACUGUUGAGUAGGUCAGUCGAAUUCGUAGGUUCCAUUCAUGAUUUGUCUGGCAAUUGAGAAAAAAAAAUGCUGUGCCAUUGCGCAUCUUCGUCCAUCGGAAUUGAUUAACAUGCUGAAGAACUGUGCAGUAGCUUGAGAUUGAGCACAAAUUUGAAGUUGUCGGCAGCUGGCACCCACAAGCAAGGCGUGUGCUGUGCUGCCUGAGUGUGUUUUCUUGAUCAGUGAAUUUGUCGAGAGUUGGAUAUUGUUGGUUGUAUCCCAUGCAUCCCAUUGCAAUUAGUCUCUUUAUAUUCAGUGUUGUAGGCAAGUCUUUCCUUCGCAAGUACGGAGAGAUUGUUUGAGCUCGUGACCUGCUCCUCUAACUAAUCUGUGAAUUGGACACUUGCAGUAGUUUCAGCCAAACCAUGGACAAUCAAAGGCACUACUGUACACAACAGUUGGUGUUACUGUGUAUCUCAUCAGUUUGAGCCUGUUGGAUUCAAAAGCCAAUUGUUAGCUGGCU